UCCUUGGAGUCUCUUUGACCUUUCAAACAACAAACUUGUUGGUGCAAUUCCACAAAGUAUGGCUAAUUUGAUGUCACUAAACGAGCUCGACUUGUCUUACAACAAUCUGUCAGGCAAAAUUCCAACAGGACCUCAACUUCAAACACUGGAGGAUCCAAAUAUCUAUGCUGGCAACGAUGAACUAUGUGGAACGCCAUUGCCAAAGAAAUGUUCUGGAGAUGAUGAUCGGAGAAAAAAUGCCCACGAAGAUGAUGAUGACUACAAAGAAAGUAGGAUCGAAAGAAUAUGGUUUUACUGUGUGGUAACACUUGGAUAUGCAGCUGGAUUAUGGGGAGUAAUUGGGAGUCUGGUUUUCAACAGAAACUGGAGGCAUGCUUUUUUUCGUUUCACUGAAAACACCAUGGAUUUGAUUCUUGUGACAGUAGAAAUGAAAAUUGGGAGACUGAAGAAGAGCGUCAUGAAGUGGACCAACUAAUAAAGAUAUCUACUGAUAACAUGUAUUUCUCUAUGUGUAUGUACGUACUUCAUAGGACGAUCGAUCCUCUCACUUUGUGUA